AUGCAGCGCCCGAUCACGUCAUUUUUCCAGCCUAUGAAGGCAGUGAAGGAGGAGGAGAAGAUCAGACUGCCAGCAGAAGAGGACUCAACCAGCCAGGUGUCAGAGGCAGCUGUGCUGCAGAGAAAUGGCCUAAGCCUCUGUGUGGACUCCCCAGUGAAAUCCACUGCCAAGAGGCCCCUGCGUCGGGUCUUGGAGAGCGACAGUGACGAGGAGGAGGCCGUGCUGACAGCCCAAGCAGAGGUGGAUCCCAUACAGGACAAAAGCUCAGAGAAAGCCAGCAGCAAGCAGGAGCCUAUGCAAACUCCUCAGUCUGAUCUCUCUGCGGAUAGCCCCUCACCAAGCAGUAGCCACUCCGCUGGAGACAGCCCGGCCCUUUCUGACUCCCCUGCCAUCGACCAUGCUGGCAUCCCCAGACGCAGGACCGCUCGCAAGCAGAUCCCCAAACGCAAAAUAGAGCUGCCAACUAGCAGGGAGAACAACAGGCAUGAGGAGCCGAGUGCCAAGAGAUGCCGGGAAGAGCAAGGCCCAGGAGAUGAGGCAGGCAGGGGAGCAAAGGAAGAAGAAGCCAUGGAAAUGCAAGAGGUGAAAGGUCAGCAUUCGGAGAUAGAACUGGCUGAAGUUAAUGGCACUUCAGAGGAGGGGGCUGUGAACAAGGGAGAAGAGGACCGCGCUGGAGGGGGAGCCCAGGAGAAGCCUGAGCCACCCAAGCCCAGCAGAGCCAUCUCCAGCUUCUUUGCCCCCAAGAAGGUGCCAGUGGCAAAGGCAGGGAAGGCAGAUGAACGUGCAGCAGUGGAGAUACCACCUGCCCCAACUGGCUCAGCCACAGCGAGCAGCAAUGGGAGUGAUGGCACAGCUGGCAGUUUCUCCAAGCCAGCUGUGCCACUGGACCCCAUGGAGUACAAUCCUUCAAAGAGCAGCUACCACCCCGUCCAGGACGCCUGCUGGGGGCAUGGUCAGAGGGUCCCCUACCUGGCUGUGGCUCGGACAUUUGAGCGGAUCGAGGAGGUGUCUGCCCGGCUGAAGAACAUUGAGACUCUGAGCAACCUCUUCCGCUCAGUGAUCGCCCUGUCACCAUCUGACAUUCUGCCCUGCAUCUACCUCUGUCUGAACCGCCUGGGCCCUGCCUACAAGGGGCUGGAGCUGGGCAUCGGCGAGACCAUCCUCAUGAAGGCUGUUGCACAGGCAACAGGCCGCCAGCUGGAUCAGAUCAAAGCCGAGGCCCAGGAGAAGGGGGAUCUGGGCUUGGUAGCUGAGAGCAGCCGCAGCAACCAGCGCACCAUGUUCACGCCACCCAAGCUGAGUGCUGCCGGGGUCUUCAGCAAGCUACAAGAGAUUGCCAGGAUGACAGGCAGUGCUUCCAUGAACAAGAAGAUCGACAUCAUCAAAGGGCUGUUUGUGGCCUGCCGGCACUCGGAAGCUCGCUACAUCACUCGGUCCCUGGGCGGGAAGCUUCGGAUUGGGCUGGCAGAGCAGUCAGUGCUGUCAGCCAUUGCCCAUGCCGUGUCUCUUACUCCCCCAGGACAAGGGUUUCCCCCAGAGGUGCUGGAUGCUGGCCAGGGCAAAUCUGCAGAGGCACGCAAAGCCUGGCUGGAGGAGCAGACCCAGAUCCUCAAACAGACCUUCUGUGAGUUGCCUAGCUAUGACAUCAUAGUUCCCAUCCUGCUGGAGCAUGGAGUGGAGAGCCUGCCACAGCACUGCAAGAUCACCCCAGGGAUCCCGCUGAAGCCCAUGCUGGCCCAGCCCACCAAGGGCAUUGGGGAGGUGCUGAAGCGCUUUGAGGAGGCUGCCUUCACCUGCGAGUACAAGUAUGAUGGGGAGCGAGCCCAGAUCCACAUCCUGGAGAAUGGGGAUGUGCACAUCUACAGCCGCAACCAGGAGGACAACACCUCCAAAUAUCCUGACAUCAUCAGCCGCAUCCCCAAGGUGAAGAAGGGCAGCGUGCGGUCGUGUAUCCUGGAUGCUGAGGCCGUGGCCUGGGACCCCGAGAAGAGGCAGAUUCAACCCUUCCAGGUCCUGACCACGCGGAAACGCAAGGAUGUGGAAGCUGCUGAGAUCAAAGUGCAGGUGUGUCUGUAUGCCUUCGACAUUCUGUACCUCAAUGGGGAGUCCCUAGUGAAGGAGCCAUUCUCCAGGCGCCGUCAGCUGCUGCAUGAGUCUUUUGUGGAGACAGAGGGGGAAUUAAUGUUUGCCACCUCCAUGGACACCUGCAGCCUGGACGAGAUCUCUGAAUUUCUUGACCAGUCCAUCAAAGACUCCUGCGAGGGCCUCAUGGUCAAGACCCUGGAGGUGGAUGCCACGUACGAGAUCGCCAAGAGAUCCCACAAGUGGCUGAAGCUGAAGAAGGAUUACCUGGAAGGUGUUGGUGACACUCUGGACUUGGUGGUGAUUGGUGCCUAUCUGGGCAAGGGCAAGCGAGUAGGCAUAUAUGGUGGCUUCCUGUUGGCCUGCUAUGAUGAGGAGAGUGAGGAGUACCAGAGCAUCUGCAAGAUUGGGACUGGCUUCACAGAAGAGAGCCUGGAGAAGCAUUACAGCUUCCUGAAGGACCACGUGCUAGAGAAGCCACGGCCCUAUUACCGCUGGGACAGCAGCACUGAGCCCAACCACUGGCUGGCGGCUGUGCAGGUGUGGGAAGUGAAGUGUGCUGACCUGUCCAUCUCGCCUGUGCACAAGGCAGCUAUAGGCCUGGUGGAUGAGGAGAAGGGCAUCUCCCUGCGCUUUCCCCGGUUCCUGCGCGUGCGUGAUGACAAGAAGCCUGAGGAAGCCACCACCAGUUCCCAGGUGGCUGAGCUCUACAGGCAGCAGCAGCAGAUUCAGAACCAGCAGCCUGCAGAGAAGGCUGAGGAGGAGGACUUCUACUAGUGCUGGUGUGGGGAGCCCAGGAGGGGGUAGGAGACCCCUGUGGCUGCCAGGGCAUGGAUGAGUGAGUGCCAUAGACUCCCUACCUCCUUCUCUGCCCCUGGUGCUAAGGCCCAGAGCUCUUCUUGUCCUUCCCCAGGUGCACGGAGUCCCUGGAGGGAAGGGAAAUGGCCUAAGGCAGUGGCAUCUGUUCAGUUGUAAUGAGCAUUGUUGUAUACAAUAAACCUUCAUCUCCUUCUUA